CUGUUUCUGUUGUCGGUCUGUCUGUCCCUAUUCCUUCUAUAUACAUAUUUGCACUAUUUUUCUUUCCUCCACCACGGAACGAAUGUCGGAACCAUUAAACCCUUCUUCUUCUUCCCUAUUAUAUAUCCCCUAAAUUCUCUCUCUGUUUCCCUCAUUUGCCCUUUUUUUUCCUCUUUUAACGUUCUAAUUAAAAUUAAAAUUUCGAGAGAAUUUUCAGACCACAUGGGAGCUUGUGCGACCAAGCCUAAGGUGUUAAAGGACGAUGCUCAAGCUCCGGAGCCGGAGUCGGCGCCUGAGCCGAGUAGUGAUCAGAAGGCGCUAGAGACGGCGGUUCCCGGUGAUCAGCCUGUAGUUGCAGAGCAAGAAAAAGAAAAAAAGGUUAUUGAAAGUGAAGGUGACAAUGAUAAGGUCAAGGAGAUUGUUCUCGAUGAUGAUGACAGAGUGGAUGAUCAAAGUAGUAAACGGCGAUCUCUGAGUCACUUGUUCAAGGAGAAUGAAGAAGGAAAGAAGUCAUCAGAGGAUGAGAAGGCACCAGAAGGAUCACUGAUACCUAAAGAAUCAUCAGAGACCCAAAAACCUAAAGAGAUAAUAGUUCAAGAAGAAUCAUUGACCUCAACUCCUAUGGAGCCAGUGACACUUCUUGUUUCAUUAUCAGAGACUGAAAAACCUAAAGAACCAAUAGUUCAAGAACAAUCAGCCACAUCAACUUCUCCUGAGCAAGAGAAAUUUGAAGCAUCAUCGGAGACUGAAAAACAUAAAGAACCAAUAGUUCAGGAACUAUCAGUGACCUCGACUUCAACAGAGCCAGAGACUGAAAAACAUAAAGAAACAGUAGUUCCGGUGAUCUCAACUCCUAGAGAGUCAGGUACAGUGCUUGAACCAUCAUCAACCCAAGAAUCUGUGGAGCCAGUGAAGCAAGAACGCAUUGGUGAAACAAUAUCAGAGACUGAAAAACCAAAGGAAUCCUUAAAACAAGAACCGUUAUCAACUGAAAAACUUUUGGAGCCAGAGAAACAAGAGACUGAAAAACUUGUGGAGCCAGCAAAACAAGAACCGUUAGUGACUGAAAACUCUGCAGAGGUUUUAGUCAAAAAAUCCGAAAUCCCAGUUGAACCAACUCCAUCUUGGGCUGUUGAUGCUGCUUCUAUAAAGGUAGAGAAGGUAAUUGAAGCCAUACCAGAAACUAAGUGAGGACAUUAGCCAAGAAUAUGAUUUUAUGAAAAUCUUUCUUAGAUUGAUAAUAGGCAACCAAAAACCAUUUACUUUAUUUGGGUUUUGUGAGUUUGUUUCAUAUAAAUUUUCUUCUUUUCGUUUGGGUUUGAUCGGUUUUGUGUCCUUGAGCAUUGAUGGAUUAUUGUUAGAUUACAAUAUAUAAGUGCGUAGAUUGUUCUAUAGCAGUAGUAAAACCUUUUUCUUUCUUUAUGAAAAAAAUUUUUCUA